AUGGACUCGCUGCCAAUGACCUCAAUCCUUCGCCUGGCGAGGGUGAACAAGCAGAUGCGUGAAAGAGUACAAGCCUACCUAGGCCGUGCUCUGGACGUACGCAAGGCCUUCAAACCAUUCGUGCCGGAGGACGCCAUACCGGCCUUUCGCCGCGUCCAGCGAGACACCGGAGCUGUCGUAUCAGGUUCAGUCGCCUUGAAGUUCAUGGGCCGUUACGAUUUCGAAGUCAGUGACAUGGACGUCUAUGUCCCCCAAGUCAACGCCAUCGUCGUCCACGACUUCUUGGUCGCCAUCGGAUACACAUUUCGCCCACGUACCAAUCAAGAACCCACAUUUGAAGAAGCCUUCCUUCACGCGACUGCGAUUUGGUCCGUGCACACAGCGUCCUAUCUCGUUUCAUCUCUGUCCGGAGCGUUCGAUUUCGUGUCCGCCAACGGUUGCACAGUGCAGGUAAUGACUUGCCGCCGCGGUGUAGCCGAUGUGGUACUCGAUUUCCACAGCACGGCGGUUAUGAACAUGAUCUCGCACUCGCAUGCGUAUUCGUUAUACCCUCAAGAGACCUUCGAAAACAUGCGUUCGCUAGCAGUACGCGCGCACGACACAAGACCGAAGGUAGUGCAAGCGUUGGCCAAAUACAGACAACGCGGUUGGGACAUUCUAACUUGCAUAUCUCUCGGAGAAGCAAGCAAUCCAGAGAGAACCUUUGGUCGACGAUACCGAUUCGUUGGAGACUCUGCGUCUUGGGUGUACCCCCUACCUUCGAUCCCGUACGUGUCUCAUACGGCCUCCCUUCAAUGCGUUUAA